UGACAAUCUUAUUAAUUCACCUAAAAAACAUAAAAAUGGUUUAGAAUACGUAAUAGAAAAUCAAAAUUCGUGGCGAAAUGGAGUCCCAGGGAGAUUCAUCUUUGGUGCAAGCCACCAAAACAACCGGAAAAGUGGCUAAAUGCUGUUUUGUGAUCACCGUGGGAAGUGAUGGUCUAAUCGAGAUCAGUACGCAUAAUCCAGGAAGUGAUUCCGAAGGUGCACAAAAUGAACCAAGGAGUAUGCGUUUUCCGAUGGCCGACCAGUCGAUGAAGCAGCUCUAUAGAUUUCCUGUUUUAAAGGAGGUUACUAAUAGCUCUAAGAAUAAUAACCAAGAAGUAACCAGCAAAGAUAAGAGCAACAAAAAUAAAAAACAGCUACACGAAAUUGAGAAAACGAAAGUGAAGAUUCGCAACAAAGACUCUGCAAAAAGACGUUCUGUCGUGGUUAAAGAUAGACUUAAAAAAGAUCUGGAGCAGCCGAAAGUAGAUCAAUCUAUUCACAACCAGGACACCCAAAAGAAUAACACCUCCUGUGAUAAAAUCAACCGAAAAACUACUGAUAGAAUUGAAGCUGGCAACAGUUCCUUUUCUCAGGAGCAGCAGCAACAUCAAAAACUGAAUGAGCAGAAACAAGAUCAACUUCAGGACAAGGUUAAACAGCAACAAGAUCAGCUACAGCAAAUGCAAAAACAGCAGCAAAAUAUGAAGGAUAAACAGGAUAAAUAUUUAAAGGAUAAACAUCAGCAACAGCAGCAACAUGAGACACUACAGCAGCAAUUCCAGCAGCCCUUUGGCAAUAAUUCUCCAUAUGUGACCCUCAGUUUCUUACCAUUCAACCAGACAGAAGCAACAGCUGGCUGUCCUGCGGUGUAUCCUUGCCAGCAAUUCCUGAGUGCAGCACCGAGCAACAUGUCAGGUUGCUCCUGCUGCACCUGCAGCAAUUGCUGUUCGCCAAGGACAUCGCAGGUCUGCCAAAUGCCGCUGAGUUGCAGUUUUAAUCCGUGCGACGGGAACAACUGCUGCAUGUUGAAACCGGGGAAAACUACUAAUUCCACUCCAAUGGAAUUUAGCGGCCAGUUUAGUCAGAACUUAGUGCAACCCGUUCUGCAGCAACAGCAUAUUAAUUUUCCGCUUGCUAAUAAUUUGUACUCUGGAUUUCCCUGCCAGCUGUGUUCCUGCAACCAGAACAGCCACUACAAAAUGCACCAUUGUUGCCACUGUCCAGGAUUCUUGAACAACCAGCAAAAUGUGCAACAGCUUAACUUUCAGCAACAACACUUACAACAGCAACAUUUACAACAUCAACGCCUGCAACAGCAACAUUUUCAGCAGCAACAAUCUCAAAAUGUUUGCUGCCCAAGAAAUGCAAGCAAAUUUCGUAAAUACCCCACCAAAGAAAUCAGAAUACCAAAAGCUAGUGAAAAGCAAAGCAUCCAAAAUGAAGAAAAACAUGUUCUUAAAAAACUCCCUGAAGAAGUUUCAAAACUAGAAAGUCAGGAACAAUCUGAAGAUCAAAGUCAUAUACCCAUAAAAAAUGAAGAAUUUCGUUCGGUGGGCGGUGCUAGUCCCAUAAAUAUUCAAUCAACUUCUUUGUGUUUAGAUCGCUUGGGAAGAACUUGCUUUAUUUUGAGACCUGCAAAUAACGCCAUGAUGCCACGACUCUUGACCAAACGAAUCAGUCGAUAUACCUCUGUGAUAAGCUGGCCAACAAAAAAUUUAAAGUCAUUGUAGCCUUAAAUU